AUGGAGUCUUCCCAACUGUUUGGAGGUGCAGAAGAAUGUCACAGCAGUGAAUCUGGGUGGACAAUGUACAUUGGCUCCUCCAUAGAUGGUGAGAAUGAUGGUGAACAUGUCAAUGAUCCCAGCGAUGACGAUGAUGACGACAAUAAUAAUGACAACGAUGAUGGUAAUGGUGACGAUAACAGUGAUGAUUCAAUGGCCUCGGACGCUGGUUCAGGCCCGAGUCAUCGAGAACAGGCAUGGAGGAAUGAAGAAGGUGGGCAUGGUAGAGUUCACAGCAAGGUUCAAGAGGAUAAGGUUAAUGUGAAGGCUUAUGCAAACAAAAAGGACAAUAAACCAGUGGACAAGGACAGACAUGGAAGCAGGCAAGAGGAGAAGGGAGGGCCUAUGUUUAAUGCAGAAGGACGUAGUUUUCCUGUUCAAAGUGGUGAGAAGGAAAAGAGAAACAGCCAUGGAGGCAAAAGAAAGUAG